AUUUAUGUAAUUUUUUUAUUCUAAUUGAUUUUUUUUAUUUUACAACAGUAACAUAUUAUUACAGUCAUCAAAUAUGACCAUGAAGGCCCAGAUCCCGGAAAGCCUCUCAUUGCGAUUCUGUAGAGAAACAGAGAAUGGGCGCGAGUCAUCUGGUCGCGGAGUCUGUGUGGAAAUCUGUUGAGUCAACUUGUUCAGUUACCGAGGAGCAGCUCUCCAUAUUGCAUUUCUUGUUUGGAAAGAACUUCGAGAGGGCAACAAGGAUAGUCGACCAAAGGGGUGUCAAGAGGAUCUCCGGUCAGCCUAGCGGACGUUCCAUCUUUCAGGUUCAUCGUCCUCCUUCCAUUUUAAAUUCAAUUUUACACAUGAUUGCGUCUUGCCCCACUUGGGUUUGGGGCAAAUUUAUCAGAAUGUUUGGAAAUCAGUCUGCUUUAAUUAAUUUAUUUUUUUCCUUGUUGACCCAAUUGAAAGAUGGAGAUGAUUAUUUUGAAGAUGGAUUCAGCACAUUCACCUGAUUUAGAAAGGGUUUGAACAGUGCCGCCAAUGGUCAACUGGUAUGAGCUUGAGACUUCAAGUUGGAGUUCUCAAGUUCAAACGUUGGGAUGGGUGGGGACGGAUUUGGGAAAGUAGAGGACUAUUUCCUCGUUUUAUACCCCAGUCAUUAGAAGUACCCAAAAAAAAAAAGAAAGGGUUUGAACCCUAGAGAUUUAGGCAAUGCUGUUUAACUAUAACCCAAGAAAAUUUACUAAGAAGACUAAGUUAUUUUCCUCAACAUUGUUUUUGAUUUAGGUUGUGGGAGAAUCAAGAAGGAAGGAGGAGUAUUUCUGUUUUGCUGAACACUAUUGUGCUUGUUAUUCAUUCUUUUAUGACAUUGUUAACAGAGGAGAACAGCUAUGUUGUAAGCAUCAAUUAGCCGCAAGGCUUGCUGCAUCAUUGGGAGCUUGUAUUGAAAUUAAGAUGUCUGAUGAACAGCUAGCACUGUUGCUUUCUGAACUCUAAAUCUCAAAUCUGCGGAGUUUGGUCUCAAGAGGAAGAGGUAAUGCCCGAGGGAAGAAAGAUUUUAAUAUGUUCAUUAGAUUUUUGGACAGAAUGUUUCCUGAUGUAAUAGUGAAUACUUCUGAACAUCACAUACUUCUUCACUUUUCUUAGAAACUUAGAAUAGUGUUCACUUGACGCUGAAGUUAGAGGU